AAACAAAACAAAAAAAAAGCCCAAUUAAAGAUUAAGGUAAAUCUAGGGUUUUUCAAGAACCCACCAUUUAUAACACAAACAAACACAAUCGAACACGCCCCUCUUUCAUUUUCUAGGGUUUCAUCACAACAACAAUCACCAUGGCUGUGAGACUCACAUACCGAAGCCGUCAUAGCUAUGCCACCAAAUCCAACCAGCAUCGUAUUGUUAAGACUCCUGGUGGAAAGUUGGUUUAUCAGACCACAAAAAAGAGAGCUAGUGGACCUAAGUGUCCUGUUACUGGAAAGAGGAUCCAAGGGAUUCCACACUUGAGACCUACUGAAUACAAGAGGUCUAGAUUGCCUCGUAACCGUAGGACCGUCAACCGGGCAUACGGAGGUGUCUUGUCUGGAGGAGCUGUUAGGGAAAGGAUUAUUCGUGCUUUCCUUGUUGAAGAGCAAAAAAUCGUAAAGAAGGUUUUGAAGAUCCAGAAGACAAAAGAAAAGCUAGCAGCCAAGAGUUAAGCAGAGUUGAUCAUUGAUGAAAAAAAGUUAAAAAUCCAUUUGUCAAGUUUUGUGUUCAAGAGUUUUGAUUUUUAAUGUUGUUAAUUAUGAAUGUGGAACUUAGUUUGAAAUUAAUUUCAUGGAGUUGUAUUUUCUGGUA